AUGUCGCAGUCGGCAGAGAUUUCCCAUUGCAAAGACCAACAGGAUGAGUUCGUCGAGUCUAUCGAAGCCGAAGGGCCUUCGAAGACCCAACCGGCACCGCUUGGAGACGGUCUGAAACAGGACCAGGCAUUGCAAUUGAUCGAAGAUGCUGGUUACUCGACCACCUUGACCCCGGAGAAUAACGCUCAAGUGCUUCGAAAAAUCGAUCUGCGUCUGCUUCCCAUUCUACUCUCUAUCUAUUUUCUUCAGCAGCUCGACAAGUCUACUCUGUCAUAUGCAUCGGUCUUCGGCCUCAUCGAAAAGGCUCAUCUUCAUGGCCAGAUGUACUCCUGGCUGGGCUCAGUAGUCUACCUGGCCCAGCUGGUGUGUCAGCCCCUGGUCUCCUAUGCUCUAGUCAAGGUUCCUCUGGGCAAGUUCAUGGCGGCAUCGGUCUUGCUUUGGGGUAUUGCCUUGUCGUGUAUGACUGCUGCCAAUACUUUUGCCGGGCUACUGGUUUGCCGGCUGUUCCUUGGUGUUUUUGAAGCUGGAAUUGCACCGGCAUUUAUCGCAGUAACCCAGAUGUGGUACCGUCGACGUGAGCAGCCAGUGCGAUUGGGCUCAUGGUACGCAAUGAAUGGCGUGGUGAACAUGUUUGGAAGUUUGAUCACCUAUGGAUUGGGCCACAUCAGCUCCUCUGUCUUUGCCCCCUACCAGAUCAUAUUUCUCUUUUUCGGCUUGAUUACAGUUGGAGUCUCGGGCGCUGUCUUGGUUUUUAUGCCCGAUUCUCCUGUGACCGCGAAGUUUUUGAACGAGGAGGAUAAGCUUGUGGCGAUCGAGAGACUUCGAUUGAAUCAGCAAGGCAUUGAAAGCCAUGAAUGGAAAUGGGAACAUGUCAAGGAAGCCUGUUUGGACCUCAAGUCGUGGUUCUGGUUUGCUUUGAUGAUUUCAAUCUCAAUUCCUAGCGGGGGCAUUACAACCUUUGGCCCUUUGAUUGUUGAAUCAUUUGGCUUCGACGAUCUCAACACUAUUUUGUUGAACGUUCCCUUUGGCGCAGUCCAGCUCAUUGCCACGAUGGGAGGCGCAUGGUUGGCCACAGUCUGGAAGAUGAAGGGCCCUGUGCUCGCAUUACUGUGCCUUCCGCCUAUCGCUGGCUGUGUCAUGCUUUUGCGUAUUGCUCAUGACGACGCUCACAAAGCGCCUCUGCUUGUGGGUUAUUAUAUUAUUUCUGUUUAUCCCGGAAUCACUCCUUUGAUCUACUCAUGGUCUGCUGCCAACACUGCAGGAGAAACUAAGAAGAAGGUGACAACUGGUAUCUUAAUUGUAGGCCAGUGUGUCGGUAAUGUUAUUGGCCCUACUCUCUACACUACUGAAGAGAAGCCCCUCUACCGCCGCGGUCUUCUGUCAAAUCUCUCACUUUUCUGCGUCUUGGUACUGCUUAUUCUACUGAACAUGGCCUACUUGUCAUUCCUCAACAAGAAACACGAGAAACAGCGCGUUGCUCUUGGAAAGAAUGCCAAGGUCAUUGACCACUCGAUGCAUGCCGUUGGCGCCAUUCAUACCGACAAGGAGGGUACUCCUGUGCAGGAAGUGGCCCAAGAUAACGCCUUCAAGGACCUGACGGACAUGGCGAACGAGGACUUUGUAUACGUAUAUUAG